AUGGGUCAACAAUUGCAUAAAAUAUAUAAAAACAUACUUGAUGAAUUGGAAUCUUCUGAUGACAAAACAAUUGAUAAACCAAUUAAAGAACUCCUCAUCAACAAUGAAAAAAAUAAAGGACUAUAUGAAAACCCUAUCAUUAAAAUUGGAAAAGAUUAUAAAUGGACCAUCACUCAUAACAAAGAACAUCAACAUAUAAAUAUAAGGGCUCUAAACAAAAACAGCAACAGUAGUAGUGACUAUGAAUUAUCAUAUGAAGAAGAAUUCAUUCAAUGCAAGUUAUUUGAUGAUAGAUUGACCUUAAUAACAACAAAUUAUAUACAAAUUUUUGCUGUUGAUGAAAAAAAAAAUUUAAUAUAUGUUAGAUAUAUUAGAAGUCAUAAAUUGAGUAUAGAAGGUUUAAAAAAAAGCAUCAAGUCUAUUGAAAAAGAUUAUGAAGAGAUGAUUCAAUACUUGACAAAAGAUUUCUAUUAUCUCACCAAAUAUGGAGACAUGAGUUUAGAUGGAGCGUUAAAUGGAGGAAAUGAACAUUUUGUAGAAGGAAUGGACCAAGUCAUAGAUAAAAUUGAAAAAGUCGAAGAAAAUAUCAAUAAUAGGUUUGAAUUGUUGAAUCAGGAUCAAGUCAAAGAGAAAAUUGAAGAAAUUGAAAAAAGUAUGAAGAAAUUGUUAAAUGGUGGUGUGCGAAUCAAAUCAAAAAGAAAUUUGAAUAAAUCGAAAAAAAAAACGUGA